GUGACCGGGCGGCGCCGUCUUGCACGCCCAGCUCUUGCGUCAGACCCGACUGUCCCCCCGCUCGCUUCUUGGUACCUGCUCCGCCUGGCCCUGAGGGGAGUGCGGGCCGGGGCGGCCCCCAAGAGUGGCAGGCACGAGGGGAGCAGGUCUGCGAGUCGGAAGUGUUUCGGCGGCACACUUGCAGCAAGAAUCGGGAGGAGCAGGAGACAGCAAGGAUAGGCCCAGGAGCAAUGGCGUCCAAAGAGGAGCAAGCAGUAAAAAAUCGCAACAUGGAAGAUGCCAACCAGGAGAAUGAAAAAAAAGAUGAAAAGGAUCAAGAUGCUAAUAAAAGAGAACCUAUGGCCCUCCUUUUGGGUGCUAGUGAAUAUUCUGUACCUAGAGGAAUUCGUAGGCGGUUCCGUGUUAGGCAGCCCAUAAUACAUUAUAGAUGGGACGUGACUCAGAGGCUUGGAGAGCCACAGGCGAGGAUGAGAGAAGAUAAUAUGGAAAGGAUUGGGGAGGAGGUGAGGCAGCUGAUGGAAAAGCUGAGGGAAAAGCAGUUGAGUCAUAGUCUGCGGGCAGUUAGCACUGACCCCCCUUACCAUGAGCAUCAUGAUGAGUUUUGCCUUAUGCCUUGAAUCCUGAUGUUUUCCGUGAAGUUAGGAGACACUUACUUCCUAAACUUACAUGUUCUUGACUUACCUUUGUUGUAAACGUUUUGGUGUUAAACUUGUUUCUUGCGUGUUUCCUAUUACCAGCUUCUAAUUGUUGUGUUUUUGACCCAGUCUCUAAGUUUCUGUCAGCAGGAAAGUUUUAACUGUUGCAUGGAGAAAUGUUCAUUAUAUAUUGUGAAUUAAUAAAAGUUUAAAAAAGCA